AUCUGGUUAUCUCAAUCUCUUGGUAUAUAUAUGCCCACUUGGGAUUUUUAGAUAUUAUAUACCCUUUACAAAUAUGUAAUCUAAAGGCAAAAGAGACACUAAUUAUGGAGAAACUUUUGGACAAACAGUUAUUCAACAAUGGAGUCCUGUGGUUCAACUCCAAAGAAGCAACAGAUUACCAUAUUCAAACGCCAUCGUUUCACUUGAGAUCAGCAGGACUAAGUGAGAUAUAUCCCAGUUGUUAUAUCCAUACAAAAAUGCCUAAAAUGGCCAGCCAAUGCAGAACUCCAGUGAAGAUUUAUGCAGUGAGAAGGAGAAGGAUAUAUGAAAGCUCAGAAACUUAUGUACUAUUGGAACCAGGAGAGGAUGAGAAGUUUGUAUCUGAAGAAGAAUUGAGGAUUAAGCUAAAGGGUUGGCUGGAAAAAUGGCCAGGCGAGUCUCUUCCUCCAGACCUUGCUAGAUUUGAAAGCAUUGAUGAUGCUGUUUCUUACUUGGUCACCUCUGUUUGUGAGCUUGAAAUUCAAGGAGAUGUUGGUUCAGUCCAAUGGUAUGAAGUUCGUUUGGAAUAAUAAUAAUAAUAAUAAUUAUUUUGUGAAACUAUAAUC